UGUGGUCUUCCAGUCGGAGCUGGUGGGAGAGUUCUGGUACCAACUGGACCUGCUGGCCCAACCUCCUGUCCUCACCACCUUACCACAGAGCAGCUGUGAACUGGGAAGUACGUGGACCAGGCUGUACAUCCCACUGGUCAACCCCACAGACGAGACACUGGAGCUGGGGAUGGUCAACAGCAACCCUCGCAAUUUCACCCUGGAGCUGGACACCAGCAGACCACUCAUCAUAGCACCACACUCGUCCACCCAGAUUCCUGUCCGUUUCAGCCCAUCAACCAUCGGAGCUGGAAACCACACAGCCAAGAUCUCCUUCACCUGCUCUCAGUUGAAACACUGGAGCUUCCAGCUGUGUGGUGAAGGCCUGACCCCUGGGAGGAUGGAGCCUCUGUCUGUAGCCUCCCCUGUGGGAUCUCAUUCCUCCAUCAUCCUCCCCUUCAGGAACCCCACUGAACACCCAGCCCUGCUGCACCUCAGACUCACAGACGAGGAGCCCGGUCAGAAGAGAUCAAGCCAGUCCUUCAUCUGUGACAGGAAAGUGUUCUGCAUCCCCCUCAAACAGACACAAGGUGUGCGUGUGUCUGCGGGGGCCAGUGUGGACAUUCCUGUGGUGUUUGCCCCUGACUCCAUGCAACUGCACCAGGCCUGGCUCCUGGUUCAGCUAGAGCCCCUCUUCAACCUCCCCCGCCUGGACUCACCACUCACCACGGUCCAGAGGGACAAGUGUGUGGAGGUAGAGAAGGACCGGGUGCGUUUGGUCUGCUGGGUCUACCCCAUCCAUGGCAUCCCAGAGGCCCCUCCUGAACCCCCUCAUCCAGCGGUGAUAGAAUGUGAGGCUCGCGGUCGAGUGGAGGAGAGAGUGGAGGUGCUGUUGACGGGAUGUGUUCCUGGCUCCUCCAUCAGCAACACAGACACAACUCUCAUCAGGGCCCCCUCCUCUGUCAGCAACACAGACACAACUCUCAUCAGGGCCCCCUCCUCUGUCAGCAACACAGACACAACUCUCAUCAGGGCCCCCUCCUCCGUCAGCAACACAGACACAACUUUCAUCAGGGUCCCCUCCUCUGUCAGCAACACAGACACAACUCUCAUCAGGGCCCUCUCCUCCGUCAGCAACACAGACACAACUCUCAUCAGGGCCCCCUCCUCCGUCAGCAACACAGACACACCUCUCAUCAGGGCCCCCUCCUCCGUCAGCAACACAGACACAACUCUCAUCAGGGCCCCCUCCUCCAUCAGCAACACAGACACAACUCUCAUCAGGGCCCCCUCCUCCAUCAGCAACACAGACACAACUCUCAUCAGGGCCCCCUCCUCCGUCAGCAACACAGACACACCUCUCAUCAGGGCCCCCUCCUCCACCAGCAACACAGACACAACUCUCAUCAGCGCCCCCUCCUCAGCAGCAGGCUUCAGGCUGGCUCCAGAAGACUUCCUAUGUGAGGUGUGUUAUAACAGUGAUGCUGAGCGGUCCCAGCUGGAGGGCUGUGUAACCCUGUCUCUACUGAACUGUCACAGAGACCCCGACUCUGGCAUCGUCUCUCUCACCAUCAACCUCAUCUUCACGCCUUACAAACCUCUCAGGUGUUCAGCUGUGCUGGCGGUUCAGUGUUUGACAGGUGGGCUCUGGAAGUUUCCCAUCAGCCUCAUCUCCACCGAGCCGCAGGUUGAUGACGUCAUCACCAUUAACGCUGCAGGGCUGCACAAGACCUCUGCUGUGGGCUUCAGACUGACCAGCCAGACCAGGUACCCAGAGCCGUUCACAGCAGGGUUCCUGCCAGGUGGGGGCAGUGAGUUCCAGGUGUGUCCCUCCUCAGGUGAGCUCCUCCCAGUGGGGUCAGCCGGUACCCUCCUCACAGUCUCCUUCACCCCCUCCAUGUACAGCAAGAGACACCACGCUACGCUGCUGGUCCAGACAGCAGACAUGCAGUGGACGUACGAGGUGAAAGGAACCACGCCUGCUUACACCCCACCCCACUCUGCCUCCUCCAAUGGGAACACCUCUUCCAGGGAACUCCCUCCCACUGAUGUCCGCCAGAGGAACUUUGUGUCCCGGAACCUUCAUCUCCCAGCCACGGCUAACUCCUCCCCCAUCAAACACAGAGCCUCCGCCUCGCAGAUCAGAUAGAGAGAUCAUUCUCACACUACACCCCCACCCCAUUCCUGUGUCAUUGAGAUGAUCAUACAGGAGGUUUGAAUAAUUAAAGUGCCUGUACUUCACCUCAUUGUCAUAAUUAGAUUUCUGUUGACCUC